CCGUCCCAGACCCUCACGGAGGAGGCACACCGCGUGUCACGGCCUCCGAGGCAGGAUCAACAGGCUGGCGCUGCGCUGCGCCCCCUGCUCGCCCCUCCGCGGCCCCGGAGCCCCGCGUCCACGUGAUCCCCCCAGUGCGCGACAGCGAGUGCAGCGGCUAGUGCGAAGUGAGCGAUACUGAGCGAGGGCGCGCGUGAGUUAGUGAAGUGAUUGUGUGCGUGAGUGCGUCGGUGGUGUCGCCGAGGGUCUUCGUCGUCAGCACGGAGGCCUUCCUGCUCCGGUUCGGGGGCUCGCCGCCCCUGGCGCCCCUCCACCAUCACCACCACCGUCCCUACGAGGACGGCCUCGACGGCCUGGACGGCGUGGAGCUCCCGGACACCGACCCGGAGGCCUCGCCCGAGGACGUCGCCUUCAGCCCGGAGGACCAGCGGCGACUGCAGCUGCGGCGCGCGUCCGACAGCAGCUGCGGCAGCCUCACCGCCCACGGCAGCAGCCUGUCGGCCGGCAUGGUGGAGACGGUGGCGCACGGGCCGCUCGGCCACCACGGCCACCCCGCGCACCAGGGCGCCGGGCGCACGCCCCACGGCACGCCCUCGCCGCCCGCGUCCGCCACCUCGGCCAGCCCGUCCAGCUCGCCCGCGCGCAGCCCCUCGUCCAGCCCGCGGGCGGUGCGCCUGCACCUGCCCCUCUACUACAACAACAACCUGGAGCUGAAGCACACCACGUCCUCGUCGGCGUCCUCCACCUCGCUGUUCACCAUCGACAGCAUCCUGGCGCCCCGGCCCGCCGUCACCUCCGCCGCGACCCCGACCAGGAUGUCGAGCCCCGCCGCGGCCGCCGCCAUCCUCAGGCACCCGCUGCACCUCGGCCACCUCGCCGCCGCGGCCUCCAGCUUCGGCGCCACCCCCGCCGACUUCCUGGCCGUGGCCUACCCCAACCUGUACCCGGGCGCCUACAUGUCGCAGGCGGCCGCGGCCGCGGUGGCGGCCUCGUUCGCGUCGGGCGGCGGCAGCCCCAUGUCCUCGCCCAUGGGCAGCCCCCGGCCGCACGGCCAGCACCACUCGGGGCACCAGCACCAGCCGCUCGUGCCGCACGCGCUGCACCACCACGGGCUGGCGCUGGCGCAGGGGCUGGCGCAGGGCUUGGCCGGCCACCACAGCCCGCUGGCCGGCCACCACCCGCUGGCGGGACACCACGGCCUCGGCGGCCACCCCGGCCUCGGCCACCACCACGGCCUCGGCCACCACGGCGGCCACCCGGGCGCGCCGCCGCCCAAGCGGAAGCGACGCCACCGGACCAUCUUCACCGAGGAGCAGCUCGAGCACCUCGAGGCCACCUUCGAGAAGACUCACUACCCGGACGUCGUGCUGCGGGAGCAGCUCGCGCUCAAAGUCGACCUCAAGGAAGAGCGAGUCGAGGUGUGGUUCAAGAACCGUCGCGCCAAGUGGCGCAAGCAGCGGCGCGAGGAGCAGGAGCGGAUACGCAAGAUGGCGGAGGACGCGUCGAGCGGCCUGUCGGGGGCGGCGGCGGCGGCGCCGCCCGGCGCGGGGGCGGGCUCGACGGUGUCCUCGCAGGGCGGCGUGCCGGGAGGGCCGCGGGCCGACACCCCGCACGGCGACCACCUGCAGCACGACCUCCACGGCCUGCACUCGGGGCUGUGCGACGAGGACGACCUCUCCGACCUGGAGGUCACCUAGAGUCCCCCGGGGCCUCGCACGUGUGGUCGUCGACGAGCUGAUCGUCGGCGGCCCACCGGGACUCUCCUCCACAUCCCUCAUCGGCGGCGUCAUUCGCGCGGCCGGCUCCGCUCGUCCCCACCCACUCCUCCUCGGAUGGCUGUUACAACGGUCCCCUCGCCGUGUCGUCGGCGGCGUCGAUUGCCUCUAGUCAUGUCCCAGGGCGUAACGCGUCGCGUCCGCCUCUUGUCGUGUUUCACGUCGUGUUUUCCGUCGUGUUGGACGAGCACUCUGAUUGGCUCGUGGAUAAAUACCCGCGGUGGGCGAUAAGCCCCGGGGCCGGGGCACUCGGGCGGCGUGAAAGUGUGCAUACAGACACACUCACACGGACCCGACCGAGUGGUGUCGCCGGAAGCAUCACGAACGUGCUCAAGUAGUGGUCAGGCAGGCAGUGACCACUAAGUGCCUCCGCGCGCACCUUAUAGCUACUGCUGCUGGGUGCUUCCAGAGCAUCCACGAUGACAGUAUAGUUUUUUUUCGUCCACAUUCCUCACAUAGGUAUUUUUUUUUUUAAAAGACAUUUAAAAUGUUUUGCAAUAAUCGGGUUGAUCUCAGAGAAGAUCGCGAGGAAAAUAAAUCCCCCGCUUUGAGAGCGGCCUACAGGCAUGGCCCACCCACACUCGGCCGGCGCUCUUUUCUCUGGCAUCCACUCCCCCAGCCAUUGUACGCGUCCAUGCCAUUGCUGUUUCGUAAAAAAAGAGGAGGGAGCUGUACAAAUGGUUUACUUAUUUGGCUUGGGUGCUGCGCAAUGGCAUCCCAACUUAGUCCUGCGACACAGCCUUUUGGACGACAAAAGUAAAAUGUUCCUGCGUGGUGUUCUAUGAGCUGUACAUAAUCAGAUGAGAAAAAAAUCUAUGAUAUAUUUAUACUUAAUGUUAGAGCUAAAAUCUAUGUUCCGCACAAGAGAGAGUUAUUGCAUUCUUAUGUUAUAUUGUUUUCUUACCUCGAACCGUGACUCAAUGUGAUAAGUAGUUUAUUAUUUAAAUGUAUACGUAAUUAUUUAUAGUA